AUGCUGAAUAAAAUUAAAAUAAUUGGUAAGAUUUUACUGAACGAAAUAAAAGACGAAAGCGAAAAAAAUGAUAGUGGGCUUGUGAGUGAUUCGCAGGAAACAGAAGGUGAAGUAGAAAAAACAGAGAAUGAAAAAAGAGAACCGUGGUUCUAUUUUAGCGUUGAGGUUCUCUGUCCGAGUGGUUCCCUAACUAUUCUGCGCUGUAUCGCCCAAGGGGAAAUGGCCGAAAGGAUUAAAAAAGAAGUUAAAAAAGAUGAAGUGGUAGAAGUCUGUGGCUAUUUAAGAAACGAAAAAAAUAGCCGUCAGAUAUUAAUAAGAGUAGUAGAGUUUAGUAAAUCUAAUAUAGAUUUUGAGAAAAUUGACGAAGUUAAUUCUAAUCAGGUAAGGUUGAUUGGCAAAAUAAUCACUGAUUUACAAGCCACGGAAAAUAAAUCAAAUCCGGAAACAUUGUCUUUCAGGCUGGCUGCUCCGCGGGAAGGAGUCAAAUCCCCCCUUUUCUUUUGUCGGGUCAAUGAAAAAGAGUUAAUUUCAGAAUUUAAUGAGAAAUUAAAAAAAAGUGAUGUUAUUCUUUUAGAAGGAUAUUUACAAACCCAAAAAAUCUUAGAAGAAAAGGACGGCGAAAAAAAAAUUACUCGUAUUUCUUCAAUUAUCUGCUAUGGGUUUACCCUUCUCGAUAAUGACUCCGCCAAUGUUUUUGGUCCGCUUGAUAAUUUAACCCGGAUAGUCAAAGAGGGAAUCGAAUAUGUCGAUUACAAAGAUGUUGUGACCCUCCGUAAGUUCAUUAAUCGUCAGGGACGAAUUAAUCAUCAUCAAUAUACUCAAUUAGUAGCCAAAACUCAACGGCAAAUAACCCGAGCCAUUAAAAGAGCUCGGCAAAUGGCUCUUCUGCCCUAUACAAUAAUAGAACAAAACGAAGAAAUCCAAAAAUAA